AUGGAGGAAGAGUCGCGCUUGCUGAAGAACUGGACCUGCAGCUCCCGUCUCUUCCCCGUGACCCGGGACCUGAAGCAGCUGCAGGUGUGGGAGCGCCCUGUGGCCUUGGAGGCUGAGCUGUCCCUGACGCUGAAGGUCCUGAAGACCAUGGCUGACUCGGCCCUGGGGGCCAUCCUGGAACAGCCCCUUCACAUGCUGCGCCACAUCCACUCCAAGAUCCUGGCCUGUAUCCCGGCUCAGCCCACAGUAGGCCCCAGAAGCCGGGGCCACCUCCAACGCUGGCUACACAGGCUCCAGGAGGCCAUAAAGACGGAGUCUCGAAGCUGCCUCGAGGCCUCUGUCAUGUUCAACCUCUUCCGCCUCCUCACACGGGACCUGAAAUGUGUUGCCAGCGGGGACCAGUGUGUCUGA